AUGUAUCCGACGGCUGUGACGACAAGAGUUGAGAAUCCGCGAUUGCGACUUCUUAACAUGCUUCGUGAAGGAUCGAAGCCUAUAAUGACUUUCAUGGGGCUGCCGUCGUUUCGCACUGCCCAAGUUGUUGCACUGAGUGGGGUGGAUGCCAUUAUUAUUGACUGCGAGCAUGGCCAUAUUAACGACGAUUCAAUGCAUACAGCGACUGCUGCGAUCGCAGCUCAGGGUGUGUCACCGAUUAUUCGUAUACGGAUGACGCAUCCAGACUUGAUCAAGAGAGCUCUAGAUGCAGGUGCACAUGGAAUUGUUGUCCCACAAAUUAACACGGCAGAAGAAGCGCAAUCUGUAGUCUCUUAUGCAAAGUUCCCUCCGCAAGGACUUCGAGGACAGGGCUCACCCUUUCCGGGGAUCGCUCAUGAUACUAGUAUCCCAACAUACAUGAAGACAGCAAAUGAAACUAUAAUCACCUGUCUACAGAUUGAGACCAAGGAAGGUCUUGCAAACGUUGAUUCUAUCUGCGCCGUCCCUGGAGUCGAUAUGAUAUUCAUAGGGCCAAAUGAUCUUGCUCUUUCACUUCUCGGGUACGUCCCGGCAAAGGGUGAUGAGCCUGAGUUUGUUCAAGCAAUAGAUAAAAUCGUGGAAGCAGCCAGAAGUCACGGAAAAUGGGUCAGUCGACUAUCAAAUGAUGGGAACGCAGGCAAAAAUCACCUGGAAGUCUUUGAUACUGUUGCAUUGAGUUAUGAUGUUCGAGCCAUUCAAAACUGGUACAAAGCCGAGUUGAAGACUGCUCGCUCGUGA